AUUUUUUUUUAAAUGUUUGAGAGAAUAAAAACCCUACCCCCAAAUUUGAGCUUCUUCAACCUUUAAAAAAAGAAAAAACUAUUUUCAGUUUCUCAAAAAACGAAAGCGAAACUGCGACUUACAGAGGAAAAUACACAAAACAGAAACCCUAGGUUACGAAAUCGAAUCGAAAGAGGAAUAGAAUCGUACCGGAGAAUUGAGAAUGAAGCUGGUUUGGUCUCCUGAGACGGCUUCCAAAGCCUACAUCGAGACCGUUCAAUCGUUUUCUAUGAAGUGUGAUCUUCAUCAAGAAUCCGGCGUUGCGGAACUGAUUUCAGCGAUGGCGGCGGGAUGGAGUGCGCAAUUUAUUCUGGAGACGUGGUCGAGCGGCGGAGCGAUUGCGACGAGUAUAGGUUUGGCGGUGGCUCGCCGUCACGUCGGAGGGAGACACGUGUGUGUAGUUCCUGAUGAGAGAUCGGAGGGAGAAUAUUCGAGAGCGAUGGAAAGAGCGGGAUUAGUGCCGGAAGUGAUCGUCGGAGAGCCAGAGGAGGUUAUGGAAGGACUUAUAGGCAUAGAUUUUCUGGUGGUGGAUAGCCAGAGAAGGAAUUUCAGUCGAGUUUUGAAACUUGCGAAUCUGAGUUCUAGAGGCGCGGUUUUGAUUUGCAAGAACGCGAACUCGAGAAGCGAUUCGAGUUUCAGAUGGAAAAGUGUUACGGAUAACGGAACGCGGCGGCUGGUUCGAUCGGCGUUUUUGCCGGUGGGAAAGGGUUUGGAUAUAGCGCAUGUGGCGGCGGCCGGAGGGAAUUCGGGGUCCGGCGGAGGGAAGGGAAAAUGGAUCAAGCAUGUUGAUCGACGGUCAGGGGAGGAGUUUGUAAUCCGGAAGUGAAUUUUGUGUUCAGACAAAACGGCGUCGUUUUUUAAUUUUUCCACCCUUGUGAAUACAGUUUUGUCAUUUGUGUAAAUUUAUAACAUAUGUUUUUAUUUCCUUUUCCUUUCUUUCUUGAGGUUAGGUUGGGGGAAUUAAUUGUACUUAUUGCUGACAAAUUUAUUUGUAUUGUUACAUGAUUUUUUUUCUCUCUAUUUGAGAUGAUCAAAUUGUUGUUUAAUA